AUGACACAGGUGGAAGCUGGGAAGAGCCUAGCUGGUACACAGCGAGAGCCGUGUCCCCUCUUGGGGCAGUUGGCAGGGGAUCUGAUAGCGGGAGCUUUCUCCGCACUGCUGAUCUCCCCGGCAGUCACAAUAUUAGAUCGAGCGGUAGUGGAGCGAACAUCGACCGGGCGGCCCCUCAUCCGAGGUCUCCGCUCGCAGCUGACCUCCGCCCUCCGAAGCCCACGAUCAUUCUUCCUGGCUCGACCUCUUGGAAUAGUCUGGACCCUUUAUGCAGGAACAUACAUCACCGCCAAUGCUGCAACAACAUUAGCAGAGAGAUACGACGGUCCUGCAGCCGUCACAACAGCAACUUUCGCCUCCACGUUCCUGGUAAACGUGCCUCUUGGCGUCUGGAAGGACUUGAAAUUUGCCGAGAUCUUCGGAAACGGUGCUGCUUCCGACACGACUGGGAAAGCAGUGCCACCAGUGCCACGAAAGCUCCCAAGGGCAGCAACUUUGACGUUUCUGGCUAGGGAUGCUGUGACCAUCUUUGGAUCGUUUACUCUCCCGACGUGGGUAUCGGCUGCAAUCCCGGACGAAGUGACAGCUUCCCCACACGCCAAGGCGACCCUCACGCAGCUGACGGUGCCAGUGAUGUCUCAGCUGGUCGCCUCUCCGAUACACCUUAUUGCUUUGGAUUACUACGACAGGCAACGGAAACUGCCAUUUUCAAACAGAAUUGCGAAAACGAAAGAGCAUGUGCCAUCAACAAUAGUCAUGCGGUGCAUCAGGAUUAUUCCUGCUUUUAGCGUUGGGUGUGUUGCAAACUUGGAGUUCAGGUCCUUCUUCCACAACUGGUUUCGUCCUUUAGAAAUACCUCAAUAG